AUGCGCGAGGCGCGCGAGGUGCCGUACGGCGCCGAUCCGGAGAAGCGGCGGGUGCUGGCUGCGUCGGGCAUGUCGCCCAUACGCCUGCGGACCCGCGAAGCCCAGCGGCUGGCUCGCGAGUACGAGCUCGGUCGCCAGCUGGUGGCGGCCAAUCCGGCACCACUUGCUCGCCCGCCACAUGUCGCACGACUCAUGGCCCGGCUGGGCGUCCACUCGCCACGGCUCAAUCCGCCACAAAGCUCGCCAUCUGCAUCAGCGCUCCCGUCAGCAUCACCUCCGCCGGCGCUGCCUGAGAUAUCCGCCGACGACGGCGCGUUGGACUCGCCGAUGGCGCUAGUCCACGAAGCCUUUCGUCCGCUCCUUGUGGCCGAGCUGGAUCCGACCGGCGAGGAGGCGCGCGAGUCGGCCCAUCGCCCGCGGCGCGAGGUGGAGGGCCUCUCAGCUGACGCCUUUGCCAAGCUGGUGAGUGAGGGCCAGGUACAGGCAGAGCGGAUCGCGACGCUGCAGCGGGAGAGGGACGAGGCAGAGGACGCCAAGGCGCGCGCUGAGCACGAUCUUGCGGUCCUCGCGCGCCAGACUCGCGCGCUCGCUGAGGUUGUCGAGGAGCAGGCAAGUGUCAUCCGCUCGUGGGAAGACUACCGCUGCUCGGUCCAGGCCGCGCUUGCAGCCGAGGCGAGCGCCAAGAACCAGUGGCGUGACAAGGUCAACGAGCGCGACACCCUGCUUGCGCAGCUGACACAAGAGUCUGAGGCGCUUACGGCCGAACACAAUGCGGUAGCUGAUGCGCUCACCGCCGCUCGUGCCGAGAAUGCAGCACUCGCAGCAACCAACCGCGAGCUCGAGGCCGAGCUGGCGGCUCGUGACACCAAGAUUGCUGAUCUCACUACCACGCUGCGGCUGGCGCAGCAGACCGCAAACGAGUCGAUCCUCGACGCCGUCAGCCGGGCCGAGACCGCAAAUACAUCGCUACGGACCCAGCUCGCCCACGAGCGGGCCAGAGUCCAGGGCCUUGUGGACACCGCCGACGCUCGCGAGCGCAAGCACGCCGACGCCAUCUCUGCCCUUCAGCGAAGGAUCCGCGACCGCGACCGCAAGCUCUCUGCCCUCUCGGCGCGCUCAAUGUCUGGCAAGUGAUGAUGGCUGUUGCGGAAGAGGUGAUGCUUGUUUUUUGGCGAAAUCAGAUAAGCUGCGGUCGGGCGAAUACGCCCUUCCGCUUGUGAAUAGUCGUCACGAGACGAAGACGCUAACGCGAUCCUCGAUCUCGCCUCGGCACAUCGGACAGUUGUGGAUGAGCGACGAGCAGGUCGAGCAGGCGCAGACGUGCAUGCACGGCAUGAAGAGCUGUCCGCGCGGCUCGUGGUGGCAGAUGACACACGACGCGCUGUGCACGUCGGAGACUGGCGGCGGCGAGGUUACCG